AUGGCUGCCACUGGCAUGGGUAUCAAUGGAUUCGGACGUAUUGGACGUCUUGUCACCCGUAUCAUGAUGGAAGAUGAAGCCUGCGAGCUCAAUGCCAUCAAUGCUGGAUCUGCCACCACUGAUUACAUGGCCUACCAAUACAAGUAUGACACAAUCCACGGAAAGGCCAAGCAAACUGUUGAGAUUGAUGGAGACUUCUUGAUCUUGGGAGGAAAGAAGAUCCAGACUUCCCGAUGCCGCGACCCCAAGGAAGUUGGCUGGGGUGCCCUCAAUGCUGACUACGUCUGUGAAUCUACUGGAGUUUUCCUCACCAAGGAUACCGCCCAGUCCAUCAUUGAUGGAGGUGCCAAGAAGGUCAUCUACUCUGCCCCUGCCAAGGAUGAUUCUUUGACUGUUGUCAUGGGAGUUAACCAAGAAAUGUAUGAUGGAAACUGGCGUGGAGGACGUGCCGCCUCUGGCAACAUCAUCCCCUCCUCCACUGGAGCUGCCAAGGCUGUCACCAAGGUCAUUCCUUCCCUUGUUGGCAAGCUCACCGGUAUGGCUUUCCGUGUCCCCACCAUUGAUGUGUCUGUUGUUGACUUGACCUGCAAGAUCGCCAAGUCCACCACCUACGAAGAAAUCUGUGCUGUUGUCAAGAGCAAGUCUGAGGGAGACAUGAAGGGAUUCCUUGGAUACAGUGAUGAGCCCCUUGUUUCCACUGACUUCGAAGGAGACCUUCGCUCCUCCAUCUUUGAUGCUGAUGCCGGUAUCAUGCUGAACCCCAACUUUGUCAAGCUUGUUGCCUGGUACGACAACGAAUAUGGAUACUCUGGCCGUGUUGUUGACUUGAUGAAGCAUGUUGCUGCCGUUGACGCCAAGGUUGCUGCAUAA